AUAUUCAGAUUUUUUCACCUAUUGAGGGAAAAUAGAAACAUUAUUUCUUCGUUCCGUUUGCUUGCGGUAACUUCUGCGCCGCCAUUUUGAAAGUAACGGGGAUUGUUUUGCAGCGAAAGAUCGAUCAGGAAAAGCGGAAAAGACAUUUCAGUGAUUUGGUGAGUUUUUUUUAGGUUCGAGAUGGCAGGAACGGCGAGACAUGAUUACGAGAUGAGACAGAAGGCGAAACAACAGCUCAGGACGUGUAAAGACCCAUGUGAGUUGCUGAGACUACAGUGUCUGUCACGUGGGUCAUCUGGGAUCAAGGGCUUGGGAAGAGUGUUCAGAAUCAUGGACGAUGACGCCAACAGGAAGCUGGACUUUGCCGAGUUCAAGAAGGGCCUGCGGGACUACGGCCUUUCCCUUGAGCCUGGCGAGGUGCAGACCAUGUUUGGUCACUUCGACAAAGAUGGCAGCGGUGCCAUCGACUUCGACGAAUUUCUUCUAAAUCUCAGGCCCCCCAUGUCCAAAGCUAGGAAAGAGGUCAUCAUGCAAGCCUUCAACAAACUGGACAAGACAGGAGACAAUGUCAUCACUAUCGCUGACCUGAAGGGAGUCUACAACUGUAAACACCACCCCAAAUACAAGAGUGGGGAGUGGACAGAGGACCAAGUGUUUGGGGAGUUCCUCAAGAGUUUUGAUGAGAACUUGGAUGGGACUGUCACCCAUGACGAAUUCUUCAACUACUACGCAGGAGUGAGCGCGUCGAUCGACACUGACGUGUACUUCUGUCUUAUGAUGAGGAAUGCCUGGAAAUUAUGAAAACUUUUGUGCAAAAAUGUCAAAGUGCAGCUGACAGGAUGAAAACAGGUCUUUUACCCAUGUACAAGAUUCCAAAAUAAUUCCUUAGGACAGAAUUGUGAGUAAAAUUGUGAGUAAAAUUGUACUGUAUAACACAUACAAAUUGUUCUAAUAAUGUUAUAGAUUCUGAAAUUUUGGCCAGUUGCAUUGAUCAGAAUGCAUAAAAGUCUAAGUCCCUGAUUAAUUACUGUACAUAAAGUGAUAUGUACAGUACUAUAUGUGUUAGUGGUAGUACUAUAAGACUGUAGAGGGAAUAAUUUCAGUUCUCUCUGCUAGUGAUUAUCAUGUGCAAACUUCUCUUCAGACAAGGUAAACUGUCAUGAGAGAGGCUAUUUAGCUAUUUUAAGUUGCUUAUUUCUAGUUAUGAUUAUAGUAGAAUUUUAAAUGUACAUACAUGUAUUUUAUCUUUGAUGAUUUCCAUGGAAAGUUUUAUCCUAGUUGACAAAGAAUUUCUAUGUUCUGUUUCCUAUUUGUGAAGUGGAACUGUUGAAAUGGUACGUAAAAGAUAUCAGAUAUUGAGCCAUUCCAUUAGAAAAUGGGGGGGGGGGGAAACAUGUAAGGGUUCAAGAUUAAUCGCUGUGAGUUGGUAUGACCAAUGUAGUAAAUGAAGCAUGAUGUUAAACACUUCUCUAUAGUUUUAAUGUAUAAGGCAGUCUAAAACACUUGUGACAUUUAUUCACCUGUGACAUUGCUAUUUAGUACAUAAGUCAUACUGUAGAUUACUGUGCUGAUUUGUGAAUCUUUGUUUGGUCUUUUUAGCUUGUGCUUGAAUGAAUGUAAAAAAUCCUUUACAUGACAAUUCAAGUUGUAAUGAAAUGAAUGUGGGAUCAUGGCUUUGAUACCAUUAUAAGCCAGUAGAAAACUAUAGCUUGGCUACUUGCAUGUUUUAUUGGAUGAGGGACAAAAUACAUUUUUGUAACAUACUUCAGAGAAAAUUAUCAAUUGGAAAACAAAAGCCUCAUUAGAAAAAGGGAAAGAAACAUAUGUUCAGGGAUAGUAAGAAAUUACCCUACCCCUUGGCAGAUAAAACUUUAGAAGAAAACUUUUGACAGUAGUAGGCUGAAGACAAUGUUAUAAGUUUUGGUCUCACAGUAUUCCGAUUUGUAUAUCUGUAAUAUAUGCUGUAGCUAAGUCAAUAAAACAAUUUGUCUGCUCCCAAAUUA